AUGACUACCCAAAAUCUCACUCGUCAAGAUCUUGAAGAAGAAUCAAAGUACCUCGCAGACCUCGUUUUUAAAAACUUACGAUACCAACAACUAUGGACAAAGUUAGAAACACAUAAAAUCACUUUACCAAUUCCUGAUUCAUCAUCAUCAUCAUCAAAAGAAUCUUUUUACCACUUUACAAUUGUCUCAGGAACCCCCCCAGAAAAACUCCAUCAUGAUGACCCUACAUUCACUGAAACUCAACAACAAUACACAGAAUGGGUACUCCCAUCAGUGACAGAACAAAAAUGGAGUAUACGAGAAUGGGUCCAAGUCUUUAACCAAGUAGAGCUUCUUGCUCAAAAUCUUUCAAAUGAAUCCUUAUCUGUACUUCCAUCAGUCAGACGAAUGGUUAUGGCCUGUCAAACAAAUGAUGGCACAGUCGUCUAUUAUAUGAUAAAUAAAGGAAUUGUUCCACCAAAGAGAAAUUAG